AUGUCAUCAAAUCAACAACAAGAAGGAGGAUCAUCUUCUUUGUCAUCAUCAAUGACAACUAGACAAGAGAAUUUGAGAAGAAAGUUUUGCAAGGAUUAUAGUUUGCCAAUAUCGAUUUUGGCGAGUCCACACUUUGAAUACCUGAUCGAAUUGUAUGAUGAUUAUUUGGGAUGUAAUGGACAAUGGAAGGAGAUGAAUGAGAUUAUUCAGAGAGAUUUUAGAUCAUCGGAAGGAUUGUUUUCCAUGUUGGCCAAUGAUGUGGUCAAUAACUUGUUGGGAACAAUUGAAAAGUCUGAAGCCUAUAUAAAAUAUAAUACCAGUGCUGUUCCUGAAGAGUUGUGGAUUAAUAGAUAUUUGGAAUUCCAUCCAAAUGUUGAAGGAUUAGAUCAAAAGUCAUUGGGUCAAUAUUUCCCUGUUUUGAAUAAUUGUCAAGAGGUUUAUUCUGGUGAACAUGAUGGUUUCUAUUUCGUUAGUGUUGAUAUGGCUAGUGCCAAUUUUAACAUUUUACGUUUCAUUGAUCCUAAAAUUGUUCUUGGAUGCAAAACUUAUAAGGAACUUAUUAGAUUAGCCUUGAAGGAGAAAUUGGAAACUGGUAAUUAUGAAUCAAAUCACAAAUUGGAUUCUAAAAAGUUAUUAGAAGAAUUGGAAACUAAUCAAAGCCUUGUUUACAAGUAUCUGAUUGAUGCCAAGUACUUGAGACAAGUUUUAUUCGGUAAAUUAAAUCCAAAACUUGGUAAUGAGAAGUUUGAUCAAAAUCCUCGUAGAAAAGGCACAAGAAAGUGA